AUGGCAACCCAUACGCCGGUUUCUGACGCCGUAGUCGAACCACAAGCGGACGACAGUCCGCAACCUGGAUCACCCUGGAAUACGGACGGAAAUCAAUACAUCGAGGUUGAUGGUCCUGACGACUUGGACGCUGACUCUGCCUAUGGUACCUCGAUACAGAGUGAUCUCACUUCCUUGGCCUCAGAGAUUACUCGCGGCGUCUGGGAACACGGCCGCCGGUACCAUUCCUAUGGCCGAUCACAGUAUGCGUUUCCGAAUGAUGAAGCAGAAGUCGAAAGGCUGGACAUGCAGCAUGCUAUGCAGACCCAUCUGUUGGGAGAUCGACUGUUUUGGGCGCCGAUCAACCCUGAAGGCUCCCGAGUAUUGGAUUUAGGAACGGGCACGGGUAUCUGGGCGAUUGAAUUUGCUGAUAUGUUCCCUGGGUCCUCAGUCACUGGCACAGAUCUGAGUGCCAUUCAGCCUCAAUGGGUCCCUCCAAAUUGUACUUUCGAGAUUGACGAUGCGGAAGCCGAAUGGACAUGGGACGAGGACACCUUUGAUUACAUCCACAAUCGCAAUUUUGUCUGCGCGAUUCGAGACUGGCCGAAACUCAUUCGUCAAUGCUUUCAGUUUGUCAAGCCGGGUGGCUGGGUCGAAUGGCACGAGAAAUACCCAUAUAUGAGCAGCGACGAUGGCUCGCUCCCAGAGGACUCGGCUCUGUUCCAGUGGGGAGUGAAGUUUUUCGAUGCCAGCAUUCCUUUCGGCGCUGAUGCCACCUCACCCCGAAAUUUGAAACGAUGGAUGGAAGAGGCAGGAUUCGUCGAUGUCAGAGAGCAUAUCUUGAAAAUCCCCAUUGGCUCGUGGCCAAAAGACAAGCGUCUCAAACAGAUCGGCCUUCUUGAGAGCGUCAACAUGACUGAGGGUAUCCAAGGUUUGACCAUGAUGCUUUUCACACGGUGCCUUCAUUGGACCGCUGCGGAGGUGGAAGUAUUUCUAUCGAGGGUGAGGAAAGACGUCAAGGAUCGGACGAUCCAUUGUUACUACAAUUUCUAUGUUGUCUUUGGACAGAGGCCGGAGGGACCCGGCUUGUGA